UUAAGGAAUGAGACGUGUAAACCGAUACGAGUGUCUGGCAAGUGCAGUUGUAAAACGUGUUCAGUUUGGACGUGGGAAUGUUUGUUAGCAUACUUGCCUUGAGAAGAGUGUUUCCGACAAAAGAGAAUGCUGUAAUCAGUCUGAUGAAUGAGAACACAUAGCCACACCGAAGCAGAACCCUGCACCCAUUCUAAGAUGGAAGAGCUGGCUGUGUUGGACUUAAUGACGUGCCCGCUGUGUUUAGAGCGGCUGGAUGUUUCAGCCAAGGUCCUGCCUUGCCAGGAUACCCCCUGGAAGCCCAGCCUGCAUCAACAGGAGAACUCCAGGCCCGGGGCCAAGAUUGCGCUCCACUGCCCAGAGUGUCAUACCCUGGUCCAGGCCAGGUCGGUGGAGGAGCUGCCCCCUAACCUCCUGGUUCGGCUCUUGAAGGAGCUCAACCAGGGGUCCAUGGAGCCAGGUCGGGACAGGAACAAACCAUCUGUCCGAUAUAUGGUAACCUCUGCCAGGGGCAGGGAGGCCCAGCAGCAGCAUCAGAAACAACAACAACAGAACCCACAGUCUGAUCAGCAGCACAGAGAGAGGCAGCAUGGAAGGAAUGAGUUCAUUGCCAGAGCCCUGUACGACCACAGACAGAACGUCCCAGGAGUGAUUGACAUGGCGUCUGGUGACAUCAUCAUUCUGAGACAGAAGGUGGAUGAGAACUGGUAUUAUGGAGACACAAACAGCAGUAGUGGGCUGGUCGCUGCUAACAUGAUACAGAUUAUUGACCAGCAACAUAAGACUCCACCACAGUGUCAAUACCAAAAACAGUCCCAAUCCCAGACCCAGCCACAAUUCCAGUCUCAGCCUUUAGCCCUCUGCAAAGCCCUGCACGACUUUGACUCCAAAGAGAUGGACGUGAAUCUGGAUGACUGCAAGGACUGUCUCACCUUCCACAAGGGAGACAUCCUCACGGUCAUCAGACGAGCAGAUGAAAACUGGAUUGAAGGAAAGCUGGGAGACAAAGUUGGCAUUUUCCCUCUCCAUUUCACUGAGCCAUUCACAGAGGCAGCAGCCAAGCUUCUGGAGGGAAAGACCUGGAAGGGGAGUGACUCCUCGGCUGAAUCUCGCCCAGGGAUCGGGAGUGAGAGUGGAUCAACAAACCCCGACCGGGCAACCUGCUUCGGGGCGACCCAGAGCCCCACGAAGACCUCCAAUAUUUCUGCUCUCAACCCCCCCACCACCACCCAGGGGAAACGGCAACAAGCUAACAGCAGCACCCUGUACCAGUCCAACCAGACACAACCUUCGAAUAUCAAUGGUCUGUACCAGUCAACCCAGGCACAACAAACUGCUAAUAUCAACAGUGGGUACCAGCCGACCCAGGGGCGGGGGCAGCCACCCAGCGUCAGUGCCCUCAACAGCCUGAACCAUCAGGUUCAACAGAGCCAGCUGUCCCAACCCUCCGCCCCCCCUCCCAACCACAGCUCCUCUCACCGCUCAGGUGUGACCUCACAGCGCGUGAAGCGAAACUCCGUGAGAACUGGCAGACACCUGUCACAACAGGGCGUGAGGAAGAUGAGUAGUGGUGAAGCUCCUCCCACCAUCACCAUGGCUCUGAUCAACCCCCAGUCCUCCUCCGUCUCCUCAGACACCAAACAGUCCUCCACUCAGCAGCUCUCCAUCAGUGUGUGUGCUGCUCUGUACUCCUACAAGCCCUGUCGUUCUGAGGAACUGGAGCUGAGGAAGGGGGAGAUGGUGGGGGUGUAUGGGAAGUUUAAGGAGGGCUGGCUCCGAGGCCUCUCUCUACGGACGGGCAAAGUGGGCAUCCUGCCCGGCAACUACGUCACUCCUGUCCUCAGAACCUCUGCCAGGCUCUUGGAGUCCAAGGCAGUGACGGCAGGCCCCGGUACAGUCCCUGGAAGAAGAACCUCCUCGUCCUCCAAGAUCCCAGCGGUGGUUCUAGCUCUCCACAGGGUCAACUCCGAUGAAACAACCUAUUCUACAGGACAACGGGUUCCGCUGCAGUCCGCCUCCAUGGCCACGCAGCCUGUGACGUCAUCAGGCGGCGCCACCAGGAAGUCACGGCACGGGGUGGGCUCGGAGGGAUGGGACACAGUGAGGAGGGUCUUCCAUAGUUCACACAGAGGCUCAUCUCAGCGGGGAAACCACUACCCCCACACCACCAUCUCUUCCAGCUCAGCCCUUCAGACCCAGACCCACAGUCAGAGCUCAUCCCAGCGCUGUAACCACUACCCCCACACUACCAGCGCCACCUCAGGCCUUCAGCCCCAUUCUCACAGCCAGAACUUUAGCCAUAUCCAGGCCCCUGGCUACUCCCCUGCUCUGCUCAGGAAGAAACAACACAUGAGCAUCCUGCCCAAUCACAACAGAUCUCUGGCCUGGAUGUCUGAGGGACCCGUGCCCUCUAGUGGUGGUUUUAUGAAGGACAGGGACACUGCUGCCAGAGAGACGUUUGAUAGGCAGGUGUUGGAGACAAGGCAAGCAGCAUCGAAUGGUCAGCAGUCCAUCAACUCCAUCCUAGUGAGACCAGACGCCCUCAAGAACAACACAGAGAAGCCCACUAAGUCAGUGCGGUUCCUGACCCAGCCUGAUUCCCCUCCACCACGGCCCAGGACCACCUCCCUGCCCUCGGGUAGCCAGCCUCCCUCCAGUACCCGGCCUGGUCCCCCUCCCCUGGAGGUCUGGGCUCCAUCACUCACACUGGGGCGAGAUGGGCCUGGGAUCAUACUGAAAGAAGGCAAGGCUCCUGUUCUUAGGAAAGGUCUGGAGACAAACCCCUCAGAUGUUCUGACAUCCAAUCCGAAACCUACAUCAUCAGCACCAUCAGUGUCCAGCAGCCCUAGCAGACACAGAGUAGCGGUGUCGUACCAGGCCCAGACGGAGUCAGAGAUGAGCCUGAUGCAGGGUGAGCCUGUCCUGCUCCACAGACAUCGGCCCGACGGACGGGUUCUGCUCACCCAGGAGAGCAGUGGCCACACGGGCCUCUUCCAUAGCAGUGUUCUACAGUUCUUAGACCGGUUCAGUUGACUGCCUGUAGUGUUUAGUUGUUAUUAUUAUGUGUGUGUUUUUCACAUAGAAAUAGAAUGACUAGCAUGGAAAAGCUCCCUAGACCGCGACAAUUUGAUAGUACACUUAAUAUGGCUGCUGGCCCACCCCGGUACAAUCAAUUUGGCCACACCAUCAUGUAAUGUUGACUUGAAAACCAAUGUCCAUUCUAGCUAUUCUAUUUCUAUGGAUCUCCAUAAGUUGACACUGCCAAAUGAGAUGCCCAAACUGUGGAAGUGUGUGUGUUUUAUCUGUGUGUUGAAAAUAAUAUAUUAUACUGCCAUAUAAUGACUAUAUAUGAAGUAUGUGGACACCCCUUCAAAUGUUGUGGAUUUGGCUGUUUCAGCCACACCUGUUGGUGACAGGUGUUUAAAAUUGAUAACACAGCCAUUCAAUCUCCAUAGACACAAAUUGGCAGUAGAAUGGCCUUACUGAAGAGCUCAGUGAAUUUAUAUUUGGUACCGUCAUAGGAUUCCACCUUUCCAACAAGUCAGUUUGUCAAAUUUCUGCCCUGCUAGAGCUUCCCCUGUCAACUGUAAGUGCUGUUAUUGUGAAGUGGAAAUGUCUAGGAGCAACAACGGCCCAGCCGCGAAGUGGUAGGCCAUAGAAGCUCACAGAACGGGAUUGCCGAGUGCUGAUGCGCGUCUGUCCUCGGUUACAACACUCACUACCAAGUUACAAACUGCCUCUGUAAGCAACAUCAGCACAACAACUGUUCGUCGGGAGCUUCAUGAAAUGGGUUUGGGAUGAAUUAUAACGCCGACUGCGCGCCAGGCUUGAUCGCCCAACAUCAGUGUCCGACCUCACUAAUGCUCUUGUUACUGAAUGGAAUCAAGUCCCCGCAGCGAUGUUCCAACAUCUAGUGGCAAGUCUUUCCGUAAGAGUGGAGGCUGUUAUAGCAGCAAAGGGGGGGACCAACUCCAUAUUAAUGACUUCCCAGAAGAGUGGAGGCUGUUAUAGCAGCAAAGGGGGGACCAACUCCAUAUUAAUGACUUCCCAGAAGAGUGGAGGCUGUUAUAGCAGCAAAGUGGGUGACCAACUCCAUAUUAAUGCCUUCCUGUAAGAGUGGAGGCUGUUAUAGCAGCAAAGGGAGGGACCAACUCCAUAUUAAUGACUUCCCAGAAGAGUGGAGGCUGUUAUAGCAGCAAAGGGGGGACCAACUCCAUAUUAAUGACUUCACAGAAGAGUGGAGGCUGUUAUUAUAGCAAAGGGGGGACCAACUCCAUAUUAAUGACUUCCCAGAAGAGUGGAGGCUGUUAUAGCAGCAAAGGGGGGACCAACUCCAUAUUAAUGACUUCCCAGAAGAGUGGAGGCUGUUAUAGCAGCAAAGGGGGGACCAACUCCAUAUUAAUGACUUCCCAGUAGAGUGGAGGCUGUUAUAGCAGCAAAGGGGGGACCAACUCCAUAUUAAUGACUUCCCAGAAGAGUGGAGGCUGUUAUAGCAGCAAAGGGGGGACCAACUCCAUAUUAAUGACUUCCCAGAAGAGUGGAGGCUGUUAUAGCAGCAAAGGGGGAACCAACUCCAUAUUAAUGACUUCCCAGAAGAGUGGAGGCUGUUAUAGCAGCAAAGGGGGGGACCAACUCCAUAUUAAUGCCUUCCCAGAAGAGUGGAGGCUGUUAUAGCAGCAAAGGGGGGACCAACUCCAUAUUAAUGCCUUCCCAGAAGAGUGGAGGCUGUUAUAGCAGCAAAGGGGGGACCAACUCCAUAUUAAUGACUUCCCAGAAGAGUGGAGGCUGUUAUAGCAGCAA